AUGAGCUAUCUGCCUUCCAUUGGCGAUCAGCCAACCAUCCCCCUUCCGAUAGAGAUAUACGAGCAAAUCAUCGACUCCGUCGGCAUUGGCGUGGGCGCAAGAGAUUAUGUGGUUUCUGUGGCCCGUGCCACACUUUGCAGCUGUUGUCUGACAUGCCAAGCUUGGCUGCCCCGAAGCAGAGCUCUGUUGUACAAGUCCAUCACACUCAAAGCUCCUCGUCCAUCCGAUCUCCAAAUCAGCUUCCAAAAGCUCGUCCGCACGAUACUCGAUUCCCCUCUCAUCGCUGCGCUCGUCGAGAACAUCACUCUCUCGGAACUCUCCGCCUCCAAGUCCGGUGUUGCAUCUGUACUUCCUAUCCUGCUGAUAGGCAGGUUACCCCACCUGCGCACGUUCACCAUACACGAAACCACUCUCGUCGUCUCCCCUGGCUUCUGUAGCUCUAUUUCAAGCUUUCCCGCACUCGAAACGUUGAAAUUGGCCACAGUGAUGUUCCCGAACAUCUCUGCGUUCCGGAGGCUGCUCACCGCACUGCCGAGGUUGCGCGAUCUCACGCUGGACAAUGUGUUUUGGCAGACGGUCGGUGCAGUGCCCGAGACGAUGAUUCAAUACAUUGGAAGCAUGCCUCCCAUUCGUCGGCUUUCUGUGAUUGGCGGUCAGGUUGUUGGCCCUGCCACAUGGGCAGUGCUCGAGCUACUCGCCCCCUACUUGGAACAGCUGAUAUUCUCCGACUGGAACCAGGACAAGCUUCUCGCUCCAAAUAAGGAAGAGAACAUGCUGCAAUUCCCUCGUCUCGUCUCCCUUACCUUCCGAGCUCAUCCGCGACCUCUGGCACGUGGGUUCAGCGACUUCCUAUCGAAGGCGGAGGCACAACAGCUGCGCGUCAUCAACCUCAUCAACCGGAUGAUGCUCAAGAGUACGUCGGACCUCCCCACAAUGUCGCGGCGAUUACUCAGGAAUAGCCCUCUGUUUGAGCGUGUCGUCACUCAAGCUCGACUUCCAGCCCUAGAGGCUGUCAAUAUGGUGGUGGAGGUGUGGGACCUCAGCGGACGUAUUGUCGAGGAACUGGAACAGCGAAUGCCUACGAUCGCCGAGGAAUGUCGGGAGAAGCUCGGUGUCCUCCACAGACGCGGCAUUCUAAGAGUUAUCGGGGUCAACUUAGUCGACGACAAGAUCAACGCGUCCUGGUUCUGGCUAGGCCCGUCUAGGUCCUUGCCAUCGCAGUACUCCUGCAUCUGGCAGUAUGGAGUGCCUCUUUUGGAUGCUAUCACGAUCGUCCUUGGGAGCAAUACCUUAUAAUCAGUGUCAAGCAAGCAUUCGUGAUCAGAACGAAACCGAAAUGAAGUCGCUAGACCGUGUGACAGCUCCAAUUAUUCUACACUCUCCAAAUCCCUCCUACUCUUCGCCUUCGGUGCUAGGUCUGUAGGAGGCGCCAUUGAC